AUGUUGUUAAAUCACGAUCAUGAGGACGAGUGCGCUAGCAACCCGUGUCCAGGUAUACAGACUUGUGAAGAUGGACUCGGUGAAUACGAGUGUUCUUGCACCGGUUCGUUUGCUGGGUAUGCUGGGACUUACUGUAGCAUAGAUAUUGACGAGUGUUUGAGUACUCCAUGCCUCAACGGUGGAUUGUGUUUGAAUUACGUGAAUCGAUAUGAGUGUGAACCGUCUGACUGUGAAGGCGAAUGCAUAGAAUUUCCCGACGGAGAGGAAUACACUGUACAGCCCUUCGGAGAAAAGAGCUUCCGGUCGCCCGAAUAUCCCGCUCACUCUUCGUCUAGCGCUGAGCUGCAAUUUACCGUCAUCGUGGAUAAUAGUCAAUUUAGCAAAUCAAUCGAGUAUCACUUUGCGCGGCUUUACGUCUACUUCUUAAGCGAUGUGCUUCCCGACUUCCUGUAUUCUGCUAAGGAUACGAGCUUCGGACCGCUUACAGUUAGAGGCUUUGGAACACCCCCCUUCGAUAGCAAAUUCAAUGGGGCUCAAAAAAUGACAUUUAAGCUCGUUCCGAACCAAGUCGACAGUCGAUUUUGGUUUAAAUUUACAACUUACCCAUUGGUUGAUUGAUUGAUUGAUUGAUUUUAUUUAUUUCAUUUAAUAUAACAAUUUUUUGAACAAUAAAGAAUAUAGUUGACAAGGUAAGAUCAAAAUUAUGAAACAGGUUUAACAGGUGGAUCUUUCGUUUGAAAGAAGAGUAGAGGAAUGAGGGAUACCGAUUCGGUAUUCUCCUGCCACGAAUAGAAUGUAAUCACAGAAAAAUCCCAUCGCGUAAUUCCUGUUUAGAUCACAAAAUACUGUUUAUGUGAGGACCUAAAGAUAAUUGUUUUCAAUGAUGUGAGCAAAGUAUUUCAAGGACCUUUCAAGUAAAAAUCAAUCAAUGAUAUUCAUGUGAGGAAGUGAAGUUAUCAAUGAAGGAGAAGACAAAAUGGGGGGGGGGGGGCUCAAAGUGGAUAAUAAGAUAAUGAUGUGAACAAUGUAUUCCAAAAAAAUAAUCCAUUAUUUUAGAAUGAAAAGCACCAACGGCAGUAACGAAAAGUUAAUGAGACUCUAAGAAUUUUUGAGCAGGGUGAACAAAAUGUUUAAAGAUUUACAAACUUUCGAAGAGGCUUUCUUAUAGCCUGCUUAUAAGAGAAAACAUCAUACUGAAAUUUUUCAGCACAAAACUUACGGAUUUUCUGACACAUAAUUUUAAGAAGCCACUCUCCCAUCCAAAGAAACAAAUAAACUUAUAAACAAAUGCAAUUUGUGUUUCUUUGGCGUGGAGGCCUGGGUGAUCACUCAUGUCUUUUAUUUCUGUGAUUCAUUUUACAUUUCCAUUAGGACGUCAUUGUUACAACAAUUAUAUUAAAUUAAAUUUUACUAGCGAACUAUUUGAUCCGCUUGUUGGUACGUUUUCAUUUUUACUAAUAAUGUACAUAAUUACGAUCAUUUAACAGUGUAAUCAGUAUGUAAGUAUUUGAUUGUAACAAGUAGAUAAGCUGCUUUAUUCAUGUCUGUUUAUGUAUCUAUACUAACAUUCACUGUUUGCUUAUGCAUAAUAUAUCAUCAUCAUCAACAUCAUCAUCGUCAUAAUAGUGAUAAUUUCUAUAGUGAUACAUGUUUAUAAUCAAUAAUUAUGCAUUCAUUUUACAACGAAAUUUACAUUAAAUUGCUGUUCCAUUCUUGAUUGAUUUUCAUUGUUUCUUACUGAUUAAGUGAGAAAAAAAACAGACUUAAACUUGUUGAAAUGUAAAUACUAAAUGUGAGAACAAUUUUGUCUAAAACGUUCCUUUUUUCUUAAGAUUUUGCCGACCCGUUGAAAGUAAAACUAUGCUCCAUAUUUGGACCAAUGGCAAUGUAAUAUGGCAUUCUUAAAUGACGAAAUGACAAUAUCUUCACUAUGACACAAGGUAGGCUCAGAAAAAGGUGAUCUUUUUAGAAUUGCAGAAUUAUUAUAUAGAUAGUGGUAACGAUGAUAUUGAUUAAUAGUAAUAAUAAUAAUACAAAUUAUGAUAAUAACAAUAAUAAUAAUGACAAUGGUAAUCGCCUUUAACAUUUUAAGUAUUUACUUUACUCCAUAGAAAAAAACAUUAUUUUGUUUUCUUAAAGGUACUGGAAAGUGGUUAUAUGAACUUAAAUUGUUAUACAAUAUCAAUUACACAAGUGUUAAAUAGUUGGUAUCAAUUAUACAAGUGUCGAAUAGUCAGGAGUUGAAUACAUGUAUACAGAAAUAUAUAAUCCCACGAAUUCAGAAUUUCCCGAAUUUUACCGAUGCUAUUUUAUGGCGUUCCUUUCACUACCAAGUACUAUGCACUUGAGAACAUUAAUGGGUAUGGACAAAAUAUAUCCAUUUACAUGAAAUUUGGUUCGGUUCAAAGGCUAUCAUUCUUAGUAGAUUCUUAGUAGGUCCAUGAUAGAAUCAUCAGGCAAACCGAAAUCUUCGAUGCGGUCGGUAACGUAUGGGGAAAACUAGUUUGGACAUUUUAGCCUAAUGUUAUACCAAGAAGCACUUAAAACUCCUUGGUUAUACACUAUUUACUCAUCCCUCAGUAAAAUCCCCAAAUUUGAAAAUCAAUUUAGAGUUUGCAAGUUUGCUUUUUUCAGGAUUUCGCAGCCCGUGUAGACAUUUUAAUAGUAGAAUAUAUACACUAGUAGUAAACAAUAUAAUCUUACGAAACUCAUAUAAUCUGAAUUUGAUUUUACAUUUUUGACUUUUUGAUAUCAUCGAUAAUUAAAUUGGUGUUCUGAAACUCAUUCAAACUGA